UUUAUAUAUUGGUACUACUGUAUUACUUAUGAUGUAAAUAUAUGUAUAAUUGAUGCUUAAAAAUGUUACAACAUGUUAUAAAAUAUACAAAUCUCUAAAGGUUAGUUUUCGGAGAUAUAAUAUCAUUUGACAGUGUGAUUUUGGAUGGUCAACGAUUAUGAGGCCUGUUCAAAGACGUCAACAAGGCCUACAAUAUGGCCUGUAUUUAUUAUUUAUGCAGGCUGUAAAUAUUGGAGUUGAUAAAAUACCUCCGGCUACUUUAAUUGGAGUGAUACUACAGGCGCUACUUUAUACAGGCCUAAUCAAAGUUCCAUGGAAUGCAGAAGAUGCGUGUAUAUCAGCAGUUAAAAUAUUUAAAUACCGUGAUUGGCGCUCUUUUAUAGUAUCAAAUUUUGAGCAUGGAUCCGAUAUGCAUCUUUAUUACAACAUGGUAUCUUUUAUCCUGAAGGGUUCAUAUUUGGAAAUUAUGUACGGAACUCCUAAUUUUAUAUUAUUGGUUGCAUUAUUGUCAAUCGGAUGCAGUUCUAUGUUUGUAUCUCUCGCGUACAUUCUCAUGCAAUUAACAGGAGAUUACGGAUAUUACACGAUGUGUGCUAUUGGUUUUUCUUCUGUGCUAUUCGCAUUAAAAGUUAUAACUAUAUGCGAAGAAAAUAAUAGAAUUCAUGAAGUUGGUGGUUUAAGAGUACCGAGUAAAAUAUCUAUUUGGGUUGAACUAGUAUUGAUAUAUCUAUUAGUACCAAAUUCUUCAUUUAUUGGUCAUCUUGGAGGUAUAUUAGUUGGAUGUUUAUAUUGCUAUACAUCUGUUGGCGAAUUAAUUGAUAAUUUAAUAUAUAUGAUAACUGGAGUUCCUAUUAUACAUGAAGAACAAUUUUAUAGAGAACGUAUUCUAAGUUUUAGAUAAAAUUAUAAUCUAUGUAUAUAUAUAUAUCCAAAGAUUUAAUAUUUUAUAAGUUAAUAUUAUGUUCGACAAUAUAAUAUAUAUUUUCUUUUUUGUGGUACUUAUUUAUUACAAUUUUUAAAAAAUAUUGUUUAAAAUAAAAAUUUACUAAAAAUACAAAUAAGGAAAGAAAAUAUAUAUUGAAUUUUCUCUUGUGUACUAAUGUGAAUAUACUUUUAUAUUAAAUUCUAUAUCGCAAAAUAUAUUUAUUUUUAUACACAUAAUAUAGUUGUUACGAAUAAACUUAUUGAAGAAA